UCAUACGUGAAUAGGAACGCAAUGUUUAUUUACGUGCUAAAGUCAAUUACACGCAAAUCACAAUCACAAUAGACAAUAGUCAUUACGCACAAAAGUAAAAAAUUUAAAGUGUGAUGAUCGCAAAGUUUUGAAGAUGUUGUGGUAUCUGCCAUGGUCCGAAAGCAUCAAGAAGAGAGCCUGCAGAUAUUUACUCCAACGCUACUUGGGGAAUUUCCUUGAAGAAAAGCUCACUUUAGCCCAGCUGAGUGUCGAUCUUUACAAUGGGACUGGUACCGUUUCAGAUGUUAGCCUUGACUGCGAGGCACUCAAUGAACUUGGUGACAAUCAGAAUUGGCCCAUCGAAAUAGUGGAUGGGCACAUGAGAGAAAUUACAGUGACAGUUCCAUGGUCAACUAUACUCAAAGAUGAUUCCAUUGUGGAGAUCAAUGGCCUAUCCCUCACCGUGCAACCCAAAGUCCGAGCUGAACCAGUAUCAUCAAUGCUGGAAUCCAUGUGGUCAUCUAUGUCAUCAUCCAUGCAGCUGGCCGCAGAAUGUCUCCAGGAAGAAGCUGGUCCCCAGGAGUCUAACCCUGUAGAAGGCAUUGAAAUGUUCGCACAUGCUAUUGACUCAAUUCUGAGCAGAGUUAAAGUGAAAUUCGUCAAUACGAAAAUAAGAAUAGAACACGUUCCUAAAAAUGGAGACAGAGGUAUCGCCUUGGAAAUUCAUAUUAAAAACAUUGAUUACUUCGACGAAGCUGGUUCCGAACCCCUACCAGACACGACUGACCCAGAAAAAACAAAAACAUACAUAGUAGCCACUUACACAAACAAAAAAAUUAAAUUCAAUGGUGUAACACUGUACAUUGACGAGUUCCCUUCAAAAUUACGCACUAUGGCACCUAGUUUAAUAAUGGAGAAAUCACAAGCUUCAUCCCAAGCUGAAAAAUCUGAGAUAUCAGUUGAAACACCCGACUCAAACUAUCAGAGUACUUUAUCAGAUGUUUUUUACGAAACUAGAAGUGUUAUAUCAACGUUAGAUUCGGAUCCUAUAAAAGAAAUUAUUGAGGAAAGAGUACAAAGUGAAAGUGUCAGAGAAGCAACGCCAGAUGAAAAAGUGAGUCAGCCAGAUCCUAUAUUGUUUGCAAAGUUGACCGGCCAACAGGAGUUGGCUUUGAAAUUGAAACAUUCGGAAGAAGUUGAAGGACCAAAGGUUGAAAUCAGUAUAUUGUUGGGCUCAUUUUUGCUGUUCAUUACACCAAGGCAGUUGCAUACACUGCUGGAAAUUGUUGAUGCAUUGAAUCAACCGCAUUUAGAAGAUACUAGCAAUAUACCAGUAAGACCAAGUGGACCUAACAUGCAAUGCAAGCCAAUGAAACAGGCAGACUUUCAGCUUAUUGAAGCACAGCUACUUGGCAAUCUGGAGAAACAACAAUCCAAGCCUGCUGCGAAAUACGGCUGGUCUGGGCCUAGCUUUGAGGACAGUGACGUAGAAAACGACAAGUUUCUGCCUAUGACGUCACAAAGCAAUCAGAUGGCGGACAGUUUUAGCUCAUCUGUAAGCUCUAUGAACACUAGCAUUACAUCCAGUAUGAAUAUACCCACAGCGCAGCCGAGGAUUAAGAGAAAUAAGAAAGUUCCACACAUCGACGGAGACCCUACAGCUGAAGUAUCGCACAUAAGCCUACGCGUUGCUUCAUUUUCGUGUGUUCUACUUCACAAGGAUAUUUUAAUAUCUACACCAAUGGCAACCGACUGCAUAUCACCAUCGUCUGUGAACAAAAUGCAGCAGGUAUCCACAGAAUUUUUCAACCACAUAGAAAUAUUUAGCAAAUUGGAAGACAAAAGGGAUUUGAGGGGAACUAAUGAGAUUAUAGAGAAAGCUACAGAAAGAAAUCAUUUGAGAUUACUAACUUCGGAAAUAAGCCUAGAUGGCAGUGAAAAAGUGACGUCACACGGCAGUCAAACUAUGUGUGAAGCCGCUAUAAAAACUCUUCUAGUCCGGGAAACCUUGUACUACCAGGAAGACCCAGAUGAAAUAAAGCCCCAGAGCUUUGACUUGAUACGCUUUGAGAAAAAAGAAGAUGAAGAAAACGCCAGCGUGCCUCCAAAAUCAAAUUUAAGACUUAAUUUCAAACAGACUUCAAAGUACAUGCGAAUGUCUGGAGAAAAGAAAUUAGUACAUCCCACUACAGAUAUUGUGCUGAAAUGCACGCCAUUCUACAUAGACGUGGACCUUACGUUAAUAGAGCGCAUGUCAGCCACGUUCUUUGGAGGAGUGAAGCCCGCUAACACGCCCGCACCGCCGACGUCGCCGCAAAACCAAAUCAACUGGUCUUUGCAGUGCCCCAACCUCAAUGUUAUACUCAGGUUCCCAAUCGCAGACCUGCGUCCGGGCAUCAACCACGAGGUCCGACGAGUGAGGCCGGACUACCUCGUGAUCAAGUGCCACAACGCCACAGUGGCCAUGCAGCAGGUUCAAAGUGUCCGGCCUUUGCCUACCACCGUCACGCUCAAGGCUACUACGCUGGACCUAUAUUACCACGAAAACGAGUACCUAGCGGCUACACACAUCGCACAGUCAAGUAUGGACGACACAUCGUUUGAAGGCAACGUCCUGAGAGGCAAUGUCACCACACCUUUACCCAUGAUUUCAAUAACAUUCCAACCCCGAGACUCUACCAAAGGUCCGUUUGAUUCGUUGCACGAUGACGUAAGUUUCGAACCCAAAUCGAUGAAUCCAAUGACAACAUCAAUGUACAUCAUGAACAAUCUUCGCAGCAACCUGCCCAGUCCUUUUAGCGGGAAAAAGAUGGCACACCAAAGUAUUAGCAAGCAUGAAAAUAAUCAGCAAGGUCAAGAAGAAGAUAUAAUAAUACCGGGAACAGAUGAAGAAAUGGCGGAGUUCACGAACAGUUCCAUAGAACAUUCAGCUAUUCAUCUCGAUUUCAACCUGCCUAUUCUAAGCCUACAACUCGAAUCAAAACAGCUAUACGAGAUCAUCUACAACCGUAUUAACUCCGAUUUGCUGCUAUGGGAACCACAAGUGAUAGAGCCAUUCGAUAUCAGCCCACACAUGUGUGCACCCAUCUACCCUGCCUUCGGUCUCUGCAAAGGCAUGGGAUAUGAUUCUGAUUCCGAAAGCUCAUCAUCUGAAGAAGAAAACCUUUACUACUCUACCUAUGACAAUAAACUAAAGAAAGGUAUUGGCAACACUAAACCGCUUCCGGAAAACAAAGAGAGCGAGACGCACAACUUCUGUCUGACACUCAAAGUCGGUAAAGGCCUCUUGACUAUUUAUGCUCCAGUAAGGGACAGCAACAAACGUGUAGUACCUGGACAAAUGGGGGAACUAGUUCUAGAAGCGUAUAAACUGUCGAUGUGCCAAGUGAGCGGACUAAACGGACGAGCAAAAACCGCUCAACUGUGUUUGAGUGGAAGCAAAACGACCCUGUACCAUGAACCGCUCCUAACAAUACCAUCAGACAAACCCCCACUUAGAUUGUAUGGUACAUCAUUGCCAUGCCACCUGAAGAGUACAAUCUAUCCCUCAAACAAAGGGGUCGCUAUAAAAGAACGGUUGCAGACCAAAGACAUGUUUACUAUGGCUCUGAAAACGGAACCCGACGUUGAAACGCCUAAUUUAAAGACGAUCUGCAUAGCUCUUGGCAUAGAGCAAGCGACACUCAGACAUAGAGGUGACAAAGGAAUAGCUUGGCUCAGUCAGUUGAUGGAUGUGUUAGAUGUUCUGGACUAUCCUGUACCUGGCUACUCGCCUUCUACUGUGCUCUCUGAAUUACAUGUGCAUGUAUGGGACUGCGCUGUCGAUUACAGGCCAUUAUACCUGCCAAUACGAACAGUAUUAACUCUGGGAAACUUCAGCGUGUCAAGCAAUCUGAUACCAGAGACGAACACAUCGUACCUACGAUUCUUAGCACAAGAAUGUACCUUGUUCCUGUCAUACUUAAUUGGAGCCAAAGCAAAUAUGCCGGUACCGCAGGACGAUGACAAAUACCCGGAUAUAAGUAAAGACUAUGUCUGUGUUCUUGAUGUUGGAUUGUUUGAACUAUCUUUGCGGAUGGAGGACAAAAAUACUAGUUCAAACGACCAGCCACAAGUGGACCUCACAGCGUCAAACAACAUGGUGAAUAUGUAUACGUGUUGGGACUCCGCUUCGGCUCUUUGUAGACUGGUCACGUACGUGGCCUCUGAUGGAGAUUCUCAACCGCCCUUUGACAGGUCUCGGCAUACCAGUAUUUGUUCUGAUCAGCCUUUGGAGCCAUUAGUAGGUUUAGAAGAUCGGCCAAUAGAAGAAAUCAGAGAAUUAUCGCCGAGCGAAAUUCAACAAGUUAACGAUUUGAUGGCUGAAGCAAUGAAAGAAAGUCCUAACAACACAACGGAAGAAGAUGAACUAAAUAGCUCAACUGAAAAAGAAGGUGUCGAGGUUUUCUUCUUCCCAGACGAAUCUAACAUGAAACAAAAGCAACUGUCUUCAGAAGCCAUUGACGCGGAAUCUGAGCCCAAGUCUCUAGAGUUCGAAGAUUCGCCUAAAACAGAAGAGACGGUUGAAUCAAAGCCAACAAACAUACAAGUAGCUAGGGAUCUCGGUGAUCCUACUACUACGCCUAAAACUACGCCGAGGAAGUCCAAACGGAAAAAAAUUAAAUCAUCCGGAGAAGGUAGCAACACAGAUGACGAAUACUGCAUAGUGGAGGAGCAGCCGUACGGACAAGACAACGAAAUGGACGAGCCCACAGUGACCUGGCUGGGCAAUGGGCCCACUUUUAUGGUCGAUAACCAUUUCACUGUACCGGCUGCCCGCUCAGAUGUACUGAAAGCGCCCAAAAGCUUCCCACUGCCUGUGUUUAGGUAUACUCUAUGCGAGAUGAGUCUAACUUGGAACAUGUAUGGAGGCACCGAUUUUCGGCCAAGCAAUGAAUCGUCGUCCAACAAAAAGAAAGUUACCAUUGACGACUCUCGUAAGCAAGAUUCGCCGACGGCUUCCAAACGUAGUAAAGACUACGAACCGUACGAAGCAAGCAGGGCUAUAACGGAGGCGUACCGACGCGGCGGCGUCAGUUGGUCGACGGGCGCUGAACGCGUCAGACCUAAGCAGAAAACACACAAGUGGGAACUGCGAUUGCGGGGCGGGAAAUACCGCGAUCAUCAUACGUGCGUCAAGCUGUGCCUUACUAAGGUAAAAUUCCAACACGAAGUGUACCCGCCAGGAGGCACGCAGGCGUCUCGGCAGACGCUCGCCAUCACCAAAGUUGAAGUCCUAGACAAACUAGUCUGCAGCGAUAUCAAUAAGUUGCUCAGCCAAUAUAAACUCAAGGAUGAACCGGAAAGGAAGAAUGCUCAUAUGCUAAUCGUGAAAGCAGUCCACUUGCGAGCUGAUGCGGCGUUGCCAGCUCAGGAAUGCUGUUUGAAGGUCUCCCUGCUCCCAUUGAGGUUCAAUUUGGACCAGGAUACUCUUGCAUUCCUCGUUGGAUUCUUUUCCAAACUCGGAACUGAUGAGGCUAGUGAAGAAGAUGCGAAGAGCGUAAGCGGGCUAUCAACAGAAUCGAGUGGGUCUCGCCAAACAACGCCCACGCAUAGACCGCCCGUCAUGAGCAUUGGCAGCCAUUUGCGUGAUCCGCCGCCCACGCCCACGUCACUCGGGGAUGGGGACUGUCUGUCACUCAAUGAUACAGUAAUACGCGAUGAUGAACCACUAAUGGAGACGUAUGAAGCGGAACGUCUAGUGUCAGAAAAUCUGAUACAAUUGGAGCAAACAUUGGAGGAGGACUUCCAACGUCUUGGCAUCAACCAAGAGAAGCCAACCACUAAAGUGCCAGACUCGGAACCUGUGGAUGACUCUCCGAUAUAUUUCAGACGUGUAGUAUUUUCACCCGAAGUGCCAAUCCGGUUGGACUAUGUCGGCAAACGAGUAGACCUCUCUGCGGGGCCUGUUGCGGGACUACUCAUGGGAUUAGGACAACUUAACUGUUCUGAACUGACGCUCAAGAGGCUAGAUUACAAAUUAGGUUUACUGGGUCUGGAAAAGUUAGUGCAAUGGGCGCUACAUGAGUGGCUCUCGGACAUCAAACGACACCAGCUGCCUGGAUUACUUAGUGGAAUUGGUCCUAUGCACUCGCUCUUACAAAUAAUCACCGGCAUUCGGGACCUGGUGUGGCUGCCGGUGGAGCAGUGGCGGCGCGACGGGCGGCUGGUGCACGGACUGCGGCGCGGCGCCGCGUCCUUCACCGCGCGCACGGCGGUCGCCGCGCUGGAUAUCACGGCGCGUCUACUGCAUCUCAUACAGGCUACAGCAGAAACAGCGUUUGACAUGUUGACCCCGAGUCCAUCGCUGCCCCUCUCCGAGGCGCACGAGAGAAGAUCUCGUCGACGUCGCCGCGACCCCUCGCGACAGCCCGCCGACAUACGAGAGGGGGUCGCCAGUGCCUACAACACUGUGAAAGAGGGUUUCGCGGAGCAGGCAGCGACGAUGGCGGUGGCGGCGCGGCGAGGACACGGCGCGGGCGUGCUGCGCCACCUGCCCGGCGCGGCAGUGACGCCGCUGGCGCUGGCCGCCGCGGGCGCCGCGGACGUGCUGGGCGGCGUGCGCGCGCACCUCGCACCGCAUCUGCACAGGGACCACGCCGACAAGUGGCGCCGCCCCACAGAUUCUACUGAUUGAUCUCCAGAAAAACAACAUACAAGAAUAAGUUGAGAAAAUAUAAAAUUAAAAAAAUAGCGAGUAUAUUUCGUUAAAAUGAAGUCACUGGCUGUAUUUUAAGAUAAUAAAGUCCCUACUUAUAUUUUAGCAGAGAGCAAGUUUUUUUAAGAUGAUAUAUUUUUAUACAAAUCCGAUAAAUAUGUGUGUAAUACUUAAUUUUAAUUUUUGAACCUAUCAUAUCACUGUUAAAUAAACAAGUAGCGUUGCUUCAAUUUCGCUUGUAAAGGCUUGUUUGUAGAUACUAAAGUAUGUGACAAACACAACGCGUGACGAAAAGUUUGAAUACCUUCAUACAUUUUCUUGUAGGUAUAGUGUGCACAAAAGUUGUCCAAUCGGAAGUUGCAACAUGGUUGCGCACGUCAUGGACUAAGGAUUACACAUGCCCAGCUGAAAGUAAUUUUCGUACAUGUGCACUCAUAUUAUGCCUCGUGUUCUGAUUGGACUAUUUUUUAACCCGCACUAUUUGUAUUAAUUAUGUAUUAGAACUAGGUUACCUUCGCCAUUGGAUGCAGUAUGGUGUGGAUUUUACUAGUAAUAAUGAAAGAGUAGGGAUAGAAAUAAAUUAACGGCGUAGUCGUCUCGCGUUUUGUUUGUCUCAGCCUUUGUAAAGAUGGUGCUUGAUGUUCCAAUGACUCGGAUUAGCAUUUUGAAGCAUUUAGUUGCUUAUCAUUAGGAUUAUUAAGGGUAUAUACUGACGAUCUGUUGCAGUACCCAAAUAGGUGUAAAUAAUUUUAUAAUUUUAUUUCAUAAAGGAAAGAAUGUCGGGUGCCAUGAAAAACAAUAGUAAAUAACAAUUGUUUUAAAUAUUAUUUUUAAAUUACAUUUGAUGUAACUAAAUUCUCUAUUUUUGGCAAAGGAAAGUGUUUUAGUGGAAUUCCUAUGUAUAUUAUUAGUUUAAUUUAUAUCAAGCUAGCGAGAAUAGUAAGUAUUUUACGAGUGAUAUUUUAUAGCCUAGUGAAGUAAAACUGUAAUAUUAGAAAAAUUACUAUAAAUAAAAAUUGUAUCUCUUUUUGUAACAAAAUAAUAAAUAAAUACUAUCUCAA